AUGAGAGGACGAGUUCAGCAAACCCAACGCGCUCGAGGCCGACGCGAGUGCAGCGAAGCCACAGAGGCCCCGGUCAUCAGCUUCAAUAGAGAGCGGUACGUCUCGCUCACGGCAGAAACGCGCGACCGUGAUCCGGAUUCCAGAGUCUUUCCAGCCAUCGACCAGUUAAACCGCUACGCUGAAGUCGGCGAGCUCCGCAAGUAG